GAGGACCUGAUCCUGAGCCCCAGUGACACCCGAGUGGCUGUCUUGCCCUCUGGAGCUUUACAGAUUAGCAGAAUCCAAGCAGGAGACAGUGGGAUCUAUAGAUGCCUUGCAAAAAAUCCUGCUAGUUCCAGAACUGGAAAUGAAGCAGAAGUCAGAGUUUUGACAGAUCCGGGUUUGCACAGACAGCAAUUUUUCCAGCAGAGACCGUCAAAUGUGGUAGCCCUUGAGGGAAAAGAUGCCGUUCUCGAGUGUUGUGUUUCUGGGUUUCCCACACCCACCUUCACAUGGAUGCGAGGAGAUGAAAUUAUUCCUGUCAGAUCCAAAAAAUAUUCAUUACUGGCUGGCAGUAACUUACUUAUUUCUAAUGUGACUGAUGACGAUUCUGGGACGUACACUUGCAUUGUCAGCUACAAGAAUGAGAACAGUAGUGCCUCUGCAGAGCUCACAGUUAUGGUAAACCUACAUUUCCAAUCUGCAAAGAAUCAAAUGCAGAAAUGGAAGAUAACUUCUGGAAUAAAAUGCUUAUUUAGCUUUGCUGAAAGAUGCUCAAUGGAAACCAACCAUGAAAUUAUACACAACUGCAGCUAUUUGUGGAUUGAGAAACACCUAUCGAUUAUGUGAAUCUUAUUUUU